GCUAAAACAUAGGCAUCGUUUUCGUUCACCGUUUCCAUUCCUCAGGUUGUUGAUUCUUCCAUACAAGGUGGUUUCUAUUUGGUUUGAAUGGCAACUCAAAGACAAAUUCGGCUUUUGAAACAGCUACAAAAUAUUGAUUCUUCCCGUUUAACAAGUACUACUGCACAAUGUCUCAUUGUUAAGCUGAUCCUAGAUUCACCUCUUGCAACGACAAUUGCAUUGUUAAAUCCAGAACAAACAAGCUAUGAUGAAUGGAGAUAUCUCUGUUCCUUGACUGACUGCUUUUCAUGUGCUUUAUGCUCACAAAAGUCUAUUCCUUCUGAAUUACAUCCUAUAGCACAAAAAGUUUUUGGCUCCACACUUCUUCCAAAGCUGACAAUAUGGGUCCAAUACUAUAGCUCUCAAUUUGUAUCGUAUUGCAAUUCUACAACCAUUAAUUUACACGAUUUCCCUGUUGUAUUUUUCUUCCAAUCUCCUCUUGGUGUUCAGCUGUUUUUUCGAACCUGGGAAACAAUUCAAUAUUCUUCCAAAGAAUUACUUUUUUCCAAGUUUCUAUCAGUAUGCUCAUUCUCUGCUGCAUUUGAGCUUGCCCGGCUUUGCCAAAACUAUGACAAUCGUUCUCAGUUAGUACAGUUACUUUGUCAUUCUUCCUCAUUGAAAAGAUUAUUCCUCCUUUCAGAAUUUUAUGACCUUUUAAGCGCCAUUAUACUUCAAGAAAACCCAGAAGAUCUUGUGUACGAUCUUACGAAAGAAUGUUUAUUGUUGGCUAGAACACACGAGUUUGUCCGUCUUUCGCUCAAGAGAAUGAACUCACUGUUCCUUUUAUGUCUUCCGAGGCAUCCAGAAAUUAUUAAUAAAGAUUUUUGUGUUGAAUGGACUGAACUAGCUGAGAGACAUAGUUGUCUAGAAGAGUGGCUUUAUCUUCUAAAUACAAUUUGCAACUUCAAGUCAUGCAGAGCAGUCAUUCAUAAAGACUGUGCUGAUCUUUUAGAGGAACAAGUUCAUUCAAGAACGGCUAAGAUGGUUCGCAUCAAACUGGCUAUUCAAUAUGAUCCUAAAAGUAUAGUACCUCGAGUUCGAGAUUUUCUCGAAUGUGGUGUCUAUGACUCGCUUCUUUUAGAAGUGCUGCGACUUACGUCUACUUUGGGCUCCGUGAAAAAAUUGGUUAUGGACUAUUCGAACGUCUUAAAACAACUGAUAGAUGGCUUAAACAUAAACUCAUCCUUAACUGAGGUUAACUCUUCAGCUGUUAUACUUUACAAUCUUUGCAGAUUUAAAGUCCAAAAAGCAGAAAAUGAGCAAGAGUUGCAACGUUUGCGUACAAUGGCUGAAGCAGAUUCAUCUUACACUGCUUCCCCCGAAGAUGAGCAAGGACCAACUGAAAAUAGAAUACAAGUAAUACUCCGUCUUCAGGUUUUACAAAAAUUAUAUUCAUUAUCUCAUACCCAUCCCUCUUUGAAUGAGUUUAUUUCAAAAAUUCUAGUACAUAUCGCGAGUGUCCAAAAAAAUCGAUCCGAACUUGUGCAAUAUGGUGCUAUAAAGUUUUUAACUAAGCCUUAUUUUACAGAAAGGUCAAAUUUUAAUGCAGGUCAUGCUUUAGCAAAGAUUCUCAUCAGUACAGCGCCUCAAAGUGUAUUUACUGGCUCUUUACCGUCUAAUCGAGCAAUUGAUCCUAUAUCAAAAGUACUUCUUGUUAGUGAAGAAACGGACAACGAAUAUCCUAUUUUAUUAGCAAAAUUUGAAUCUUUAUUGGCACUAACAAAUUUAGCAUCCAUGGACGAAAAUAGUCGCCAAGCUAUUACUUUGAAAUCAUGGGCUGCCAUCGACAACUUAUUAAUUAGUAACCAUGAAUUAAUCCAAAGAGCAACUGUUGAACUUGUCAACAAUCUGUCACUUUCUCCAUAUUGCUUAAUUAAGUUCAUUGGCGAAAACAGUUCAGGAUCCGAAGCGACACGUCUGAAGAUCCUCAUGGCAUUAAGUGAUGCUGACGAUGAAGCGACAAAGUUGGCAGCAUGUGGGACUUUAGUGCAAAUUAGUAGUUGCGAAGCUGGUUGUAAAGCUAUAAUGGACAUUUAUUCGAACUUUGAAUUUGUUAUUCGUAUGCUGAAGGAUGAAAACGUUGGUGUCCAACAUCGUGCAUUAGUUUGUAUUUGCAAUUUUGUUUUCUCUGAUGAUGAAGCAAUCUUUGCAGCAUUUCAAAAGACUCCUCGAGCCUUACUCGCAGUGAAAACAUAUAAGUCCGCUCAAAGAGAGCUAAUGAUGUUGAAGAAAGAAGCUCUUGCGAGGAUUGAAAGCUUAGCAAAAACGUGAAUGAAGGGAACAAUAGAAAAAAAAUCUAAAGACAACAGUAAUGUAAAGUUAAUGAAUUUACAUAUAUUAGAUUCUUAAUAUAAAUAAUAGGACCCAAAACUUAUGUUAUCCGCAUGGUGCAAUGACUUGUAAGUUGCAGAAUCAGGAUAUGCAAAAGAAUAAAAAAAAAAAAAAAAAAAAAAAAAGAAAUUGAACUGGUACCUUCUAUGUCGGAAAUCGAAUCAAUGCUUGGUUCUUUUACAUUUGAAUGGUCACUCGGCGGAACUUGGUUGGAAUGUUGUUUGGCUUUAAAUAAUGUUUACGUCUCUCUUCGGGACGCUUCUCCCCGUGAAAUAGCUCAUCAUGUUUUUGAAAAUGUUCAAUAUCUUCAGGAUGGUUCCAGUUUUCGUCAGGUUCGUCAAGUCCGGCAGGAUGAUACUUUUCCACAUGAUGCAUUUCGAAUUCUUCUUCUUCAUCUCCAUGAUGUCCUGGGAAACCAAAAUCAGUAAAUUCUCCUCCUUGUUUACGAAAGUUCAAAAAUUCGUCCAAAGUGACAAUUCGAUUUUGUGAAGCAUCAACUUUUUUUAAAAUAUCUACCAAAAUUUCAUUUUUCUUGGAGAAAGGAACAUCAUCAUUUUCAAAAACACCGUAAAUAUUAAGAAUAUCCCGAUCAGUCCAGUAUCCUUUGUUUGCUAAAUCAUGCAGACGAAAAAAGGAUUCGUCUGUAAAUUUAUCGAUAUGAUGCUCUUCUUUCAUAUGUUUUUCAAUCCAUCCAGCAAGCACUGUUUUUAAAAAAAGAAUAAAAACGAAACAUUUUGAUAACUUUGCAAUCAUGUUGUUCGUCUUCAAAUCAAUUUUAAUAUAUGC